GCGGACCGGGCGCGCGGACCGGAGCGGGGCCGCGGGUUCCUUCGGCUUUGCAGGGCGGCCUGGAGAAGUUGCACUCUUGGAUUGAAGCGCUCAGGGCGGGUGGGGACGGCUUCGCGCUUCAGUCUAAGAAACACUCGGGGACCUGGCUGCCGCCUCCUGGCGGUCCCGAGUAGCGGCGCCGGCGCCGGGGCGUGCCCCUGCCGCCUUUGUCCUCCGGGGCGAUGAGCGCUUUCGGGGCGUCCCGGCUGUUUAAACCUUAAAAGGCUGUCCCCACGCGGGCCUGGCGUUUCCCCACACCUGUCCGUUUGAAUGUUGACUUUUGGGGGUUGGAUCUUUUGUUUGCUCACUUCGAAAAGUGAAAAGGAGGGGUUGUUCCGCCGAAUCAUAAUGAAAACAUAACAGGCCCGCGGGGUGCCCGGGCCAAGACCCUGGGUCCGCCCGGGCUUCAGCUGGAGGCGGCCAGUUCCUGGCGGCCAGCACACACCGGUAUCUCUCUUCUUCAUCCAGGAAAACUGCUGCUGUCUGUCGGUUUGAGCCAAAACCACAAUAACUUUUUUCUGCAAAGUAAUCAACUGUUAAGAGCGUGGGGAAGAAAACAUGACAGAAACAGAUGCCUUCCAUAAAAGAGAAAUGUUUGAUCCAGCAGAAAAGUACAAAAUGGACCACAGGAGGAGAGGAAUUGCUUUAAUCUUCAAUCAUGAGAGGUUCUUUUGGCACUUAACACUGCCAGAAAGGCGGGGCACCUGUGCAGAUAGAGACAAUCUUACCCGCAGGUUUUCAGAUCUAGGAUUUGAAGUGAAAUGCUUUAAUGAUCUUAAAGCAGAAGAACUACUGCUCAAAAUUCAUGAGGUGUCAACUGUUAGCCACGCAGAUGCCGAUUGCUUUGUGUGUGUCUUCCUGAGCCAUGGCGAAGGCAGUCACAUUUAUGCAUAUGAUGCUAAAAUCGAAAUUCAGACAUUAACUGGCUUGUUCAAAGGAGACAAGUGUCACAGCCUGGUUGGAAAACCCAAGAUAUUUAUCAUUCAGGCAUGUCGGGGAAACCAGCACGAUGUGCCAGUCAUUCCUUUGGAUGUAGUAGAUAGUCAGACAGACAAGUUGGACACCAACAUAACUGAGGUGGAUGCAGCCUCCGUUUACACGCUGCCUGCUGGAGCUGACUUCCUCAUGUGUUACUCUGUUGCAGAAGGAUAUUAUUCUCACCGGGAAACUGUGAACGGCUCAUGGUACAUUCAAGAUUUGUGUGAGAUGUUGGGAAAAUAUGGCUCCUCCUUAGAGUUCACAGAACUCCUCACACUGGUGAACAGGAAAGUUUCUCACCGCCGAGUGGACUUUUGCAAAGACCCAAGUGCAAUUGGAAAGAAGCAGGUUCCCUGUUUUGCCUCAAUGCUAACUAAAAAGCUGCAUUUCUUUCCAAAAUCUAAUUAAUAGAGGCUAUCUAAUUUUACAGUCUGUAUUGAAAAUGUCUUAGCCAGGCGUAGUUACUCACACCUGUAAUCCCAGCACUUUGGGAGUCCAAGGUGGGCAGAUCACCUGAGGUCGGGAGUUCGAGACCAGCCUGACCAACAUGGAGAAGCCCCAUCUCUACUAAAAAUACAAAAAAAAAUUUAGCUAGGUAUGGUGGCGCAUGCCUGCAAUCCCAACUACUUGGAAGGCUGAGGCAGGAGAAUCACUUGAACCCAGGAGGUGGAGGCUGCGGUGAGCCGAGAUUGCGCCAUUGCACUCCAGCCUGGGCAACGAGUGAAACUCCGUCUCAAAAAAAAAGAAAAUGUCUUUCUCUUCCUUUUAUAUAAAUAUCGUUAGGGUGAAGCAUUAUGGUCCAAUGAUUCAAAUGUUUUAAAGUUUAAUGCCUAGCAGAGAACUGCCUUAAAAAAAAAAAAAAAAAAAAGUUCAUGUUGGCCAUGGUGAAAGGGUUUGAUAUGGAGAAACAAAAUCCUCAGGAAAUUAGAUAAAUAAAAAUUUACAAGCAUUUGUAUUAUUUUUUAAUAAACUGCAGGGUUACACAAAAAUCUAGCUGAUUUAAAUCUAGCUGAUGAUUUAACUUGUAUUUUGUCACUUUUUUAUAAAAGUUUAUUGUUUGAUGUUUUUAAAGGUUUUUGAAAUCCAGGAAUUAAAUCAUCCCUUAAUAAAAUAUUUGAAAUUCA